AUGCGGGCAAGCCUCAAGGUUCUUCUGGACUACCAGCGCCGCAAGGAAGAAGAGUACAAUUCGAAGGUGGAGAUGCCUUGCACUUUGCGGGGCGCCUCUUCUCCGGAGCAGAUGAACGUGGUGUUGGAGAUGGGUAGUCGCAGCAAUCGAAACGCAAUAUGGCGUCGCGACAGACCCAGCCGUAGCAGACAACCACUCGUUCAAGGACAACGGCACCACAAUCACUGUCCAGUACGAACACCACGAGUACCUUCUCGAGAAAGAUGGGUUGGCUUGCGAUUGCGAGUUCUCCCAGACGAUGAAGCUUCCAUGUCGACAUGCUAUGGUGUAUAG